AUGGGUAGAGUUAGAACAAAGACAGUCAAGCGUGCCUCCAAGGCCCUAAUUGAACGUUACUACCCAAAGUUGACUUUGGAUUUCCAAAACAACAAGAGACUAUGUGACGAAAUUGCCACUAUCCAAUCCAAGAGAUUGAGAAACAAGAUUGCUGGUUACACCACCCACUUGAUGAAAAGAAUUCAAAAGGGUCCAGUCAGAGGUAUUUCUUUCAAACUACAAGAAGAGGAAAGAGAAAGAAAGGACCAAUACGUUCCAGAAGUCUCUGCUUUGGACUUGUCCCACCACAAGGGUGUUUUGAACGUCGACAACCAAACCGCCGACUUGGUGAAGUCUCUUGGUUUGAGCUUGCCGCUAUCUGUCAUCAACGUUUCCUCUCAAAGAGACAGACGUUUUAGAAAGAGAAUCUAA